AUGGUGGUGGAUGUCGAAACAAUCAUAAUCAUAAUAAUUGCAGCAAUAACUACAGCAGCAGCAGCAACUGCAGCAGCAGCAGCAGCAACAGCAGCAGCAGCAAUCGUAUAUUUAUUAAAUGUUUCUUAUUUAUUUGCUACUGCUACUUAUAGAUCUGCAUUAAGAAGAAAGGCAUUAGCUGCACAAGCAGCAGCAGCAGCAGCAGCAGCAGCAACAGCAACACCAGCAACAGCAGCAACAGAUGGGUGUUGUGCAACAGAAGCAGAAGGCAAAACAGCAGCAGGAGGAGGAGGAAGAGGAGCAACAACAGGAACAACAGCAGCAACAGAUGGGGAUAAUAAGGAGACAAAGGGAGCAGCAGCAACAACAGCAGCAGCAACAGCAGCAGGAGGAGGAGGAGGAGGAGGACGUAACAAUCCAUCAAAGAAGACAGAUUCUCAACCAACAGCAGCAACAGCAGCAGCAGCAGCAGCAACAACAACAACAGCAGCAGCAGCAGCAACAAGAGGAGGAGGAGGAGGAGUAGCAGCAUGUGGUUAUAAUAUGACAGAGAUAGCGCAUGCAAACCCAUUUGCUGCAGCAUUAAUGUAUAGAGGUGGAGGAACAGCAGGAGCAGCAGCAGGAGGAGCAGCAGCAGCAACAGCAGCAGGAGCAGGAGGAGGAGGAGAUAAAGGAGCAUUAUGUAUACGUAUUAGUGGUAGUAAUAAGAUAGAUAUAUGCAGACAAGUUGCUCAAUUAUUUGGGGCACUGCCUCCUUCCGUCUAA